AUGGCCAACAGUAGCAGCGUUCCAAAGAACCCCCGCGCAUGGGAAGCUCUUACACCCUCACUCUCACAAUGGAUUCUCGAUGCUGUUUCGGCCAUGGGCUUCAGUCGCAUGACGCCCGUACAGGCAUCUGCCAUACCUUUGUUCAUGGGAAAUAAGGAUGUGGUCGUGGAAGCUGUCACAGGAAGUGGGAAGACCAUGUCCUUUUUGAUACCCGUUGUUGAGAAGCUACUACGGCUGGACUCUCCUGUGAAAAAGCACCAUGUUGGAGCCAUAAUAGUAUCGCCGACUCGUGAGCUGGCGGAACAGAUUUAUACCGUACUUCUCUCCCUCCUCGCUUUCCAUGCACCUUCAGCCUCAAAGCUCGCCCAGCUAGAAGGAAAAGAGCCACAGCUAGAUCCUGAGACAGGAAAGCCAUAUAGGUCCUCUACUCUCACAGUAAUCCCUCAAUUACUACUAGGAGGCACUUCGACACCGGCACAAGACCUCAGUAUCUUCCUCAAACGCUCGCCGAACCUCCUCAUAUCGACACCCGGCAGGCUGCUGGAACUUCUAUCCUCGCCUCAUGUACACUGUCCACAAUCCUCAUUUGAAGUGUUAGUUCUUGAUGAGGCAGAUCGCCUGUUAGAUCUCGGGUUCAAAGAUGACCUACAAAAGAUCCUCGCCAGGCUACCGAAGCAGAGACGAACAGGCUUAUUCAGUGCCAGCGUCAGUGAAGCUGUGGACCAGAUAGUACGUGUUGGAUUGCGGAAUCCAGUUAAAAUUGCCGUCAAAGUCCGUGGAGCCGGUGCAGAGGAUAAAAGAACGCCAGCUAGUCUCCAAAUGACAUAUCUCGCCACUCGCCCUUCUCAUAGAAUUCCUGCCCUAUCCAAGCUUCUUUCAUCCAUCUCUCCAAUUCCGCAGAAAUCAAUCAUCUACUUCUCCACCUGCGCAGCCGUGGAUUAUUUUAGCCUAAUUCUCCCUUCUCUGCUGCCAUCUUCGUUCACCAUUGUCCCUCUACACGGCAAACACGCUCCCAAUGUUCGCCAACGGAAUUUCACCCGUUUCACCCAAUCAGUAUCUCCAACGAUUCUCUUGACCACCGACGUUGCUGCCCGAGGACUCGAUAUCCCCCUGGUCGACCUGGUGGUACAACUUGACCCACCCACAGAUCCGAAAGUAUACAUUCACCGAUGUGGACGAGCUGGUCGCGCCGGCCGUCGUGGAUUAAGCGUUCUAUUUCUUACUACCGGCAGGGAGGAAGACUAUAUACCCUUUCUCGAUGUCCGAAAGACACCAGCUGCCCCCUUCUCCACUCCACCUAUUAUAACAACCGAUGCCGAGGCGCAGAUUGCAACGGAUACUAUUCGCCGUGCCGUAUUGGCUGAUAGGGCGGUACAUGAUAAGGGACAGCGUGCAUUUGUCAGCUGGGUACGGAGCUACAGCAAACAUCAGACUAGCAGUAUAUUCCGUGUAGCUGAUAUCAACUGGGAAGACAUCGGUCGAUCCUGGGGCCUGCUUAAUCUGCCCAAGAUGCCGGAACUGAAAGAGUUCAAGGGAGAUAAAAUGCUUGGACUCGGCCUGGAGGGUGUGGAUUGGGAUUCCUUUGCUUAUAAGGAUAAACAAAAAGAGAAGAGUAGGCUUGCGGCUCUGGCUGAGCUCAAGGAAAAGGGGGAAGGACCACGGCCGUCCAAGAAACGUGCUGCUGCACCGGGAGAGAAUAGUACGGUGGCUUGGAGCAAACAGUUGGAAAAGAAGGGUGAAAAGGAGAGGAAGCGUGAGAACAAGCGGGUGAAGAGAGAACAGGCUAAGAUUGAAGCCAUGACUGAGGAUGAGAAGGCGGAGCUACAGCGCACCAACGACAUGCUGGAAAAGGUGCGCAAGGCGAAUAUAGAGGCUCGCAAGAUGAAUUCUGUUGCCUCAAAAAAGAAACAGUCAGAGUCUCAUGAUGCUGAUGGAGUAGACGAUGAUGAGCCCUUUGAAGGCUUUGAUUGA